AGAAAGAAAGGGUUGGUGUUGGCUAUAAAGGCGCUGCUGCUACUUCAACCUUCCUCCUCCUCCUACCUUUCUCAUUUAUCUUUUCUUUCUUUGUUUAUUUUUUUUUUUUGGCUUCUCCUCUUCUAUAUAUACAAGUUCUUUAACAGAAAAACAAGAGAAAAGAAGGGCAAGAAAAAUGGGAAAUUGUCAAGCUGUAGAUGCAGCAACUCUAGUGAUACAGUACCCAUGUGGUAAAGUAGACAAGUUGUAUUGGCCUGUAAAUGCUGGUGAGCUUAUGAAAACAAAUCCUGGUCACUAUGUUGCUCUUCUGCUUUCCACCACCUUGUAUCCUGCUAAUAAUAACGCUCAAUGUCCUAACAAAGCCACCCCAAACGCCGUCACCACCAGUAGCGGCGCCUCCACCACCACGACCACCACCACCAUCACCAACAACAACUCCUCUCUUCGGAUAACAAGAAUCAAGCUGCUCAGGCCUACUGAUACCCUUGUUCUUGGCCAUGUUUAUAGACUAAUCAAGAGUGAAGAGGUUAUGAAAGGGUUGUGGGCAAAGAAACAAGCGAAGCACAAGAAAAACCUGCAGUACUCAGAAUCAUCACAGAAGCCUGAGAGGAUUAGGGAGAUUAAUCAGGUUCCAGGGCUGGUUUUAGAAGUAAAAAGAUCUGAACUUGAGAAGAAUUAUCAGGUGAGCAAAAAUGAAAGAAAUAGACCAAGAACAGCAUCAGCUACCAACUCUGCCAGUAACACAGUCAGAUCAAGAACAUGGCAACCCUCACUCAAUAGCAUCUUGGAGGCUGGCAGCUAAUAUUUAUGUUUCUUAAUUAUCAUUCUGCCAUGCUUACUUGUUGUAACAGAUCAGCUCACACCUGCAUAUAAAUCUGCUUCUUUUUAAACCCGAGAUUUAAAAAAAAAUAUUAAUUUAUACACACAUCAUCCAAGGAUACUGCUGCAGGUUGCUCUAGCAAAGAGAGUGAAGUGAAUCUCUCUCUUCAAUUGUAGAUUUGAGUAAUUCAGAGUUGUAUAGCCAAAGGGUCUAAACAUAGUUAUUAAUUAGCAUAUUGUAUUGUUUUGAAUUUUAAGUAGGACUUUUGCUUA